GCUAUUCCUUCAGAAAUGUCUGAAUCUGCAGCGAGUCAGUGUGUGGAUCAGUUCAGCUGUCCAGUGUGUUUGGAUCCUCUGAAGGAGCCGGUGACGAUUCCCUGUGGACACAGUUACUGUAUGAGCUGUAUUACUGACUGCUGGGGCCAGAAGGAGCAGGGGCCGCCGUACCGCUGUCCCCAAUGCAGAGAGAGCUUCAGUCAGAGACCUCUACUGAAGAAGAACACUCUGAUAGCUGAGAUGAUGGAGACGCUGCAGAAGACGACGUCUCUACAAACGGCUGCUGUGGAGUGUGAUGUUUGCACUACAGAGAAGAACAGAGCUGUAAAGUCCUGUCUGCAGUGCUUGGCCUCCUUCUGUCAAACUCACCUGCAGCUUCACUAUCAAUCUCCUGCGUUUAUGAAGCACAAACUAGUCGAAGCUUCCAGACACAUUCAGGAGAACAUCUGUCUCAGUCAUGGGAAACCACUGGAGAUUUACUGCCGGGAUGAUCGUCAGUGUAUCUGUUGUUUGUGUACUGAUAAUCAUAUAGGACACAGUGUGGUGUCUGUGGAUUCAGAAUGGACAAGUAAAAAGAAAGAGUUAAAGGAGUUAAAGGUGUCGUGUCAGAAGCUGAUCCAGGAGCGAGAGAGAGGUCAGCAGGAACUCAGUGAAGCUGUAAAGCUUCUUAAAAGUUCAGCGCUAGAGAGCAUGGAGGACAUUGAGAAGGUCUUCACUGAGCUCAUCUGCUCUCUGGAGAAGAAACGCUCUGAGAUUAAAGAGCAGAUCAGAGCUCAGGAGAAGACUGAGAUAGAUCGAGCAGAGGAACUUCACAAACAUCUGGAUCAAGAGCUGACAGAACUCAGAAAAACACAAGCAGAGAUUGACAAACUUCUCAUUAAUGAUGAUCAGCUUCAUGGUCUGAAGAGCUGUCAGUCUGUGUGUGUUUUACCCACAUUAAAAGACGUUCCCAGCUUCACUCAACACACUCAUCUGUCUUUUAAAGACAUUUCAAUCUCAUCAUUCAGAGAGGUUUUGGAGGACGUCUGUCAACAACAAACAGCCUUCAUAUCUCCAGAAGUGUCAAACGUUAAUGUUGCAAAGUCUCCAGAACCAAAGACCCCAAAUUACGUUUCGCAGUAUUUCUGUGAAUUUCACCUGGAUCUAAACACUGCACAUAGAAACGUGAAACUGUCUGAGGAGAGCAGGAAAAUAUCAUAUGUUAAUAAAGAUCAGCAAUAUCCUGAUCAACCAGAGCGAUUUAAUGUGUUUCCCUACAUCUUGUCUAGAGAGGGUUUGUGCGGUCGCUGUUACUGGGAGGUCGAGUGCAGUGGGAACGACUGUGCUAUAGCAGUUUGUUACAAAAGAAUUAGACGUAAAGGAAAUAGUAAUGACUGUACUCUUGGCUUCAACAAAAUAUCUUGGAGAUUGUGGUAUUUUCGGCAGAAUGUCUAUUUCACACAUGGUAAAACCCAAGUCUUAAUCCCUGCUGUCUGCUCCUCUAGAAUAGGAGUGUAUCUGGAUCACAGAGCAGGAACUCUCUCCUUCUACAGCGUCUCUGACACAAUGACUCUCCUUCACAGAGUCCAGACCACUUUCACCGAACCCUUAUACCCUGCGUUUGGGGUUGGUACAGGUUCUUCUAUUAGGAUCAUAGAGCAGAAGAGAGUUCAGACAGACAAGAAAUAAACAUAAUUGAUCGAGUAUCAGAUUCAAUUGCUAAACUAAAAUGUGUAUGUGUUUAAAUUAAAAUGUAAUUUGUAGUUUAGAUGAACAAAAGGCAUAACAUUUCAAUGAUUAUUCAACUCCCAUUCACUCUUAAAGUCGGCAUGAAAUGGAAGUUGAGAUUUUCUUUUUCACCUUAUUGUGACGUGCAGUAUAUCCGAGUGUAACGGCUUCUGAAAUUUUUAUUCUUGAUUUUGUCCUUCGGCAAUUGAUUGGAUCGUUGGACGUUGAAUGCCAGUUUGCACUCAGUUGUGGAGGAUUACUCUCCACUGGACUCACCACCGGUACCCUCCCUUGUAGCAUUGUUUAUUGAGGAGCCCGACGAUGAGAACGAGGACGAGCAGCUACAUUUUCCAGAAGGAAUAUCACCCCAUAUUUAUAUGAAACCCUGGCAGAAACGAGACAUACCCAGAUAGCCACGCCAUAGCACAUGAUAGGAAGAGAAGAGAAGUCGUUUCGAGCGGGGAGCAAAAAAUAACGUAUUUAAUUAAGGAUUAUAAGGGGUGCAUGAA